CUGAUCAUCCAUGCUUCAAAGGAGUAGGCAGCAGUGCCGCUUCUGUUCUCUUGGUGUAUAGUUGCAUAGUUGUGAGGAAAGCGCGGCAAGCUGCCCGCGUUCUUUUUUUGUGUUAUUAAAAUUGUUAUUAUUGCAUUUUUUUUUAACUUAUUUUAAGGCUCAAUUAGGAAAAUGACUGUGGAAAUCGAUAAAGAAGAAUUAAAAAAACGUUUGACGCCGCUACAAUGGCACGUCACACAGGAAAAGGGUACAGAGAGACCUUUUUCUGGUUGCUACAACAAAUUCUAUGAAAAAGGCACAUACACCUGUAUAAUUUGUGAUCAAGAGUUGUUUUCUUCUGAUACAAAGUACGACAGUGGUUGUGGUUGGCCUGCAUUCAAUGAAGUAUUAGAUCAGGGACGAGUCAAGCUAACCAAAGAUACUUCACAUGAUAUGGUGCGGACCGAGGUGACCUGUUCAAAGUGUGGUGCACAUUUGGGACAUGUAUUUAAUGAUGGACCAAAACCAACAAGGAAGCGAUUUUGCAUCAAUUCAGCAUCUAUAAACUUCCAUCCAGCAGGAGAAGAGAAGAAGAUUACAUCAUAAAAUUAGUAAAACACAAAUUUUUCUCAAAAUUUUUGAAAAUGUUUAAAAAAUUUUAUCCAUUUUUUAUUUUUUAUUCUGUAAGAGAAAACAAAAAUUAUAUUUUUUAUUUAAUAUUUUAAAUUAUGAAUAUUCUUUUAUGUUAAAUUUUAAUACAUAUAUUCUAUAUUUUAUUUAUGCAUCAUAGAUUCUGAAUUUAAUUCCAUUUGUUAGAUUAUUAUAUAAAAUGUAUAUUUAUAAUGAUAAAGUUAAGUAAAUAUUUAUAUUAUAAUCUC